ACAUGACUAAGGAGCGGGAUCAGUGAAAAAGGAGGGUUUGGAAAAGGAAGGGAAGAGAAGAAUAAAAGUAUAGAUUGGUGGCUGUUAUUGUUUCAUCGGACCAUCAGGUCUAAACUCGGGGGUCUCCAACUUUCUUUGGACAGAAAGGUCUGAAACCUUCAAUCCUUGUUUUAUGUUGUUUGUGUUACGAUCCGAUUCAAUAAUGAAUAAUGUUUCAUUCGUUGGAGUUGAGAAAUGAGUGACGCGAAAUAGUUCCUUUUUUGUUCUAGGAUAAUGAAACUUUUUUCUAAUUUAUCAUUUCAAAACCUAAUUUAUUGUCGUUAAAUAAAAAAAAUGUUUUUGUUUUUUUUGUAAAAACGUUAGAUAAGUUUUGGGUUUGAAAAGAUUAACUCUCCAAUGAAAACAAAAUUAAUCCAAAAAAACAUUUAUAAUUAAUUUAAUAAUUUGAUAACUGAAAAACCAAAUUGAUAAAAUCUAAAAACUAAAAACUGUUAUGUAUCAAAUAUUCUUUUUCCCGAAUCCACUAGGUUUAGUAUCGAAUUAAUUAUCAUUAUCUAUAAAUACGUCUCUCACAACCUAAACAAGAUUCACCAAAAAGUUCACUAAACAAUUGUUACGCAUAUCAAAGAACAAGGAAAAAACGAUGGCUCUCUCUGGUUCACAAAAGAAGCUGAUCCUACUGGUCUUGGCGUUUGCAUGUCUCUCUUCAUCAGGUGCAGAAGCGUGGAGCUGGAGUUGGAGCAACGGGUCGGGUUGGGGCUGGGGGUCUGAUGGCUCAAGCAGCUCUAGCUCAGGUCCUGGCUCAAACUCUGACGGCUCAGGUCGGAGUUGGGGCUCGAGUCCUAGCUGGGGCUGGAUCUGGGGAUCAGACGGCUCAGACAACUCGGGCUCAGGUUCUGGUUCAAACUCUGCUGAUUCUGGUUGGGGAUGGGGCUGGGGAUCAGAUGGGUCAAGCGGCUCGGGCUCAUGUUCAGGUACCAAUCCUGAUGGUUCAAGAUGGAGCUGGAGCUGGAAUCCUAGGUCGGGCUGGAGCUGGAGUUGGGAUUCGAACCAUAAUGACAGUGAAGCGCCAAACAGUUCAGGAACGGACAGUGAAGCACCCUGUUCGAGCUCCGGUUCGGACAGUGAAGCGCCAAGGAACAUCGUAGUGGGAGGAUCUGAUGGAUGGAAAAAAGGUUUGGAUUACAAAGAGUGGGCUUCCAAGAAUGCUCCUUUCUACGUCAACGAUGUUCUUGUUUUCAAGUACGAUAAAUCGGCCAAGCGAAGGAACAAUGUAUAUUUGUUCCAAGAUCCAUGGAGUUAUAUGAACUGCGACCUAAAGAAUGCAAAGAAGAUUGGUUUGACGCAUAAAAGAUCAGAAAAAAGCUUCAAGUUUACACUUCGACAAAAUAAGCCUUACUUCUUUGCGUCGGGCGAGCAUGAUGGUGAUUAUUGCACCAACCACAACAUGAAGUUCACCCUUUUCCCUGUUCCGCACCAUUCUGAGUAAAGAUCUUUUAGCCUCUUUAUAUAUGAGUUAUGUAUUUUUUUUUUAAUUUCUGCGUUAGAAUCCUUUCUUGUGUUUUGGAAAUUUUUAAUUUAUUUUUUUCUUUGGAUAUGAGAUUGAUGGAGAUUCGUUU